AAGAUUCCUGGCGAAACGCCGAAAACCACGAGCCAAAACCUCUUUCUUUUUAAGUCUUUGCUAACAAAAAAAAAAAAAUUCUUCCUUUAAACUUUAAAAGUACUUCAUCGCCUUCAGCUUCUCUGUGUGACUGUGUGUGGAUCAGCUUCUCUGAAAUUCCAAAAUGGGAAACGUCUUAAGGUUCUUAUGUGGGCAAUGGUGCAAGCCCACAAAAGAUGAGGACUUGGAAUCACAAGGAUAUCAUGGUGUGUCGGCUGCCAACGUUGGUGUUACUGCUCUAGCUCAUGAUCUCUUUCACUUCGAGAUCACCUCCCAGGUCCCGGAAGGACUCAGCAAGCAUGUUGUCUCGUCUAAGAAGGCUCAAGCUAAUUGGUACAGAAAACUAUUAGAGGCAUGGAGAGCAGCAAAACCCCCUCCAAAAACACCUGAAGAAGCUGCUAGGCUUGUCAUAGAGACUCUGAAGAGACACCAAAAGGCAGAUGUUGAGGGUUUAUUGGCCUUCUAUGGUCUUCCUCUUCCUCAUACCCUAGUCCAACAUACUGCUGAGGCCCCAACAUCAUUACCUGAAGGAGUAGAGUAUGAAUUUCAGACAUUUCCAGUUGAUCCAAGAGCUAUAGCAGAUGGAGAUGGGAUGACAGUGUAUGUCAGUACAAUAGACCCAAGGGAGUCAUCUUGUGUUCCUAUAGAAGUACAAGUAGCAGCUGUCCAAAGAUCACAAGCGCGUGCUGAGAAAAAUUAUACAGAAGCAGAUGCAAUUCACAAAAAAAUGAUUGAGUCCGGAUAUCGGAUACUCAAUCAGAACAAUGAGGAAACCCUUGCUCGAAAGUAUCGAAUUCGACUAAGGGGAAUAGAUGCACCAGAGAAUGAAAUGCCAUAUGGGAAAGAAGCAAAGGAAGAGCUGACAAAGAUUGUGCAGGGAAAGUGCUUGAGAGUCCUUGUCUAUGGGGUAGAUCAAUAUGGCCGCUACGUAGCUGACAUAUAUUGCAAUGGCAUAUUUGUUCAGAAAUUAAUGCUCAAGAAAGGUUUUGCAUGGCACUAUGCAGCCUUCGACCAACGUCCAGAACUUGCAAGAUGGGAAAAAGAGGCUCGAGACAAGAGAGUUGGCCUGUGGGCUUCAUCGAAUCCUGAGAAGCCAUGGGAAUGGAAAAAAAAGAACAAGAAGGACAAAGGACAAAUGCGAAGGUAGAUGGCAUUUUCCAAAUAAAAAGGAAAGUGAGAUCUCCUUGUGACCAAUAAUUAUCUCAUGCAUUGGAUUUCUUCCUCUAUCAUUGUACGAACCUUGCAAUCCUAUAGGAUUCACACAAUGUGAAAGGAAGGAUGAAUAUUUAUCUCCGAUGUAUGAGGUACUUGUUAUGGGUGACUGCUUUUAACCAUAUAAGGCUAGAAGACAAAACCAAUGUAACAUAUUAGGACAUACUUCCUAGACCAGGGGUUGGUAGCAACUUGACACCGAAUGUCAAAAGCAUCUCUCCUCAUUUUUAUGUACCAGUCAUAUGAACCAAUAUGUAUUUAAUCUUAGUAAAGGCUAUUGUAACUUAUGUUUGAAUCAAAAACCCAAGUGAGAGGUGGGUUGUAAGUUGUAAGUUGUGUUACCUAAACAAAACAAAUCAAAUGAUCAUUGUGCAAAAGAGAAUAUGUAUGCUACUAUACUGUACAGUAUUAGGGGCUUGAUAUUUAAGCAAAUUCUUGUUGAAUCCAAUGCAAAUUUAUAUAAUGCAAGAC